AUGGCCCUCAAGUUCGAAAUCCUCUUGAGUGUCCUGCUCGUCACAUUGACUGCCUUGAGCUCGAGCGGACCUGUCGGGCCUUUACUUGUUGGAGAUGCUCUUGAUAGCACGUUGCUUGACACUCAAGAAUUUCUCAGUCACUUUCUGUCUAAACUGAACCAAACGGGUGGGAGGCAGCCAGAACAAAGGCCCCUGGCCUUCCCGAAGGAGCCAUCAGAGUACAUGCUGGAACUCUUCGAGCGAUUUGCAAACGACCGCACGGCCAUGACCUCGGCCAACAUUGUGCGCAGUUUCAAGAACGAAGAUUCUUCAUCCUACAGUGAGACUGCCAUUGGUGUAAGGACACAUCCAUUGCUCUUCAACAUCUCCGUGCCUAGCCACGAACACAUCACUGUAGCUGAGCUUCGUCUUUUUACCUUGAUCCAGAGGGCCCAAAGACCUUUUGCCGGCCGACAGUGCAAAGUGACCAUUUACAAAGUGAAUGAUGGCGGAGUUUGGACCAGUACAGUCAGUAAAGAGGUGGGAAGGAGGGAUCAAGAUGAGUCCAGUAACCUGGAGGAAGUGGUGACCAAGCACAUCUACGCCAAAGACAAAAGCUGGGUGUCUUUGGACAUGACUCGUGCGGUCGUGCGCUGGCGGAAGUAUGGCCAUUCAACGCUCAAGCUUGAGGUCCGCGUUACCAUCUUGGGGCCGGAGGAGUCGGUCACGUGGGGGGAGAAUGAGGACGUAAUUGACAUCGAGCGUAACGUGGAAGGGAAACACAACGCGGUGAUGAUUGUUUUUUCAGAUGAUCCGAACAAACGUGACAGCGUUCAUGAGAAGGAUCACGCCAAGAACAGCAUCUUUGAAACCCCUGCUCGUAUCCGCCGCGGUGUCAAGAGUGAACCCUGCAAGAGAACUCCGCUCUUUGUGGAUUUUAAAGACAUUGGCUGGGAUUCGUGGAUCAUCCAGCCAGUGGGUUACGAAGCCUACAAGUGCAUUGGAGUCUGCAGUCAGCCGAUGACGUCCGAGGUCUCACCCACCAAACAUGCCAUCGUGCAGACACUACUGAGUGUUAAGAGUCCAGAGAGGGCAUCGCGUGCCUGCUGUGUACCCACUAAGCUGGAGCCAAUUUCGCUCCUUUAUUACGAUAACGGGGUGAUCACCUUCAACCACAAAUAUGAGGGCAUGGUAGUGACAGAGUGUGGCUGCAGAUAG